CCAACGUUUGUUUGUUGACGAAAGUUAGAUUACCUCACCGUCAGUCACACUGCUCUUGUUUAGUCUUGCUCAAAAAUAAAUUUAUGAGCUAAAUCGAUUGAGUUUUGCACUGCUUGAAUAAUUUGGGAGGUAAUUUAACUGUGAAGGUGAAGAUUAUUCAUUGUUCUGGAAUCUAUUUGUUGCGUAAAAGCAAAAAAUAUGUUGUGACGAUUGAUUGUUAAUAUCGUUUCUGGCGUCUUUGAAAUUGUUUUAAUUUUAACUAGGAAAUGGAAGGGAGAAAAAGGAGUGUUGCAUUUGAACUGGGAAAUGUAAUUGUGACGCUUGUAGGACCCAUGAAGGACGAGGCUUCGUUUGUGGGGAAGCUGAUGAUUGUUGAAGAAAAUCAUGGGCCUGACAUAGAAUGGCAUCCUUUAAGGUUGAAAGCUGAUGAAAGUCAAACUAAUAGUCCUGAACUUGAAACUUUAGACUGGGAAGAUGUAUCAUCCUCUGUAGGAUAUAAGGCAAAUCAUGACGAAAGUAUUGAUGCAGUUGAAAUUAAAUCUAUUAAAAUGCCCAAUGUCAUAAAGUUUGACAUUGCUGAUUUAAAGUCUUAUAAAAGAACUGAUCUAUCUGAAGAACAUAAGACAAUUAUAACAUUUUUGCUGAAAGAUGGUACAAAUAUUCCUUCUUUUCAAUUUGAUGUAUGUGACUUUGGAAAAUUCUGUGCUGCCCUUGAUAAUUAUGUAAAUUUUAAAAGAUCCAAAAAGGAAAGCAAUUUGUACUUAACUAUUGAUCCUAAAGUUGAAGCCCUUGAAAAAUCUUUUAGUGAAUUGGAUUUAUUUACAGAUAGUAAAUCUCACAUUAUUACAAAAAUCCUUCAUGAUCCAUACAACACAGCUAUGGGUGGAUUUUCUAAAGUAACAAACUAUGUCUUGGAUUAUAUGCUGUACAAUGGCAGUGAAGCCGAUUCCAAGUUUCCUCAGAUUGAUAUCUCUGAAAUGAUUCCUGGAAACCAUUUACAGCUCAAUAUUGAUCACCAAGAAGAGCCUGGUUAUGAGUUGAUUACUUGCAUAGAGUUGCCUCCUAGACCAGCAGUAAAUCGUGAAGAACCUGUUACAUUGGAAGAAUGGAAUUCACAUCUAGACGCAGAAGGAAGAAUAAAAGAAUUUGAGUCAUUGAAAGCACGUAUUUUUAAAGGGGGCUUAGCUAAUAAUAUUCGCAAAGAAGCAUGGAAGUAUCUUUUGAAUGUCUUUCGCCCUGAUGUGACAAAUAAAGAGAAAGCUGUAAUCCAGAAUAAAAAUAGUGAAAGUUAUUUUCAGAUGAAGUUACAGUGGAAGAGUUUUACUCCUGAUCAAGAAUCCAGAUUUUCAGCUUUAAGAGACAGAAAAAGCCUAAUUGAAAAAGAUGUCAGCAGAACAGACAGAACACAUCCAUUUUUUGAAGGAGAGAACAAUGCUAAUAUUCAAAUGCUGCAAGAAAUACUUAUGACAUACUGCAUGUAUAAUUUUGAUUUAGGCUACGUUCAAGGAAUGAGUGAUCUUUUAUCACCAAUAUUAGUUGUAAUGCAGGAUGAAGUAGAUGCCUUUUGGUGUUUUGCUGGAUGGUUAAAACUUAUUGGGUCAAAUUUUGAAUUAGAGCAACAAGGUAUGAAAAAUCAAUUACAAGAUUUGCAUAGAUUGCUACACUUUGUUGAUUCUCAGCUCUGCAGUUAUUUAGAGAAACAUGAUUCUGGUAACAUGUAUUUUGCAUUCCGCUGGCUGCUUAUUCUUUUCAAGAGAGAUUUUAAGUUCAUGGAAAUCAUGCGAUUGUGGGAGGUAUUAUGGACUGGAUUGCCUUGUAAAAAUUUUCAUCUAUUAAUAUGUAUAGCUAUAUUAGAUUCUGAAAAACUGACAAUCAUGGAAAAUGGUUAUGGAUUGACAGAAAUUUUAAAGCAUGUCAAUGAAAUGUCCUACAAAAUAAAUUUAGAAGAAACACUGUGUAAAGCAGAAGCUAUAUAUCUUCAGAUUAAGAACAGCAAAUAUCGUUCUGAUGUAGUUGAAGCAAUUCUUGGUCUUGAUCCUUUGCCAGUAGAAGAAAAACCUGUUAUUAAAUCAAAAGAUUCACCAUCCAGCUGCAAGAAUGGUGCUGCAGUUUUUGCCUCAAAAAAGAACUCUGAGGUAAAUGAAAGCACUGACACCAUUGAUGAAUAUGUUGAUCUGGAUCAGAACUAUCCGACAUUGUUCGAUCUUCCAUACUGAAUUUGAAAUGUUACGUUUCAUGCAUAGAGUGCCUAUGAACAAGUGCUCAGGAAUUUUAAUAAUGCUCGGUUACUGAUCCUGAUCUGUGAAUAUUUUGUAUAUUUAAUUUUUUUGUUGUACAUGAUUUAAAUAUUAUUGCAUCUGCUUUCGUAAAAUUAGUGUAAAUAUUUAUAAAUGAGGUGAAUAUUACAUAUUUUAUGAAACAAGUUUUUUUUAAAAAAAAUCUUUUAAAGUGCUAUUAUUAAGCCUCAUGAAUAUGAUGGAAAAAUGAAGUAUUAUGUGAAAGAAUUUUUUAAUUGGUAUUCCAAAUAUGUCCUCUGAAAACAAUAUUUCAGUUGAACAAGUCUUUCAAUAUUUGCUGUUUGAUAGUAACUUCAUUUUUAGUAGAUUUGCCUUCACAAUUCAAAUUAAGGAGGUUCUUGAAUAUAAGAUCCAAAAUGGAUUUAUAUAUCCUUUAUUGAUUUAAAAAAUGUAUCAACACAGGACUUCUUAAGCUUUAGUUUCUGAUGAAUUUUGGGUUGUGGAAGCAUCUAUAGCUCUCCAAUAAUACAGUAUUAAAGAGGAAGAAAUAAUUUUAUUGAAGUUUUGCUAAUAAUCUAAAAUGUUUGUUGACUAAUUUAUGCUUAAUUUUUUUUUUUUGCUUUUUUAUUUAUAUGUAGAAUAUGUCGAAAAAAAUGUGUAGUCUGUAGAUGGGUGGUGGAAUAAUUUUUCAAAUGAAAUAUAACAAAUGGGGGGGAUGCUUAAGAAGCCCUGCUUUUCACAUAUAUCGCAAGUUUGCAACUUUUCUUGUGUAAGAACAUGGUUAGUGAAUUUAGAUGACCUUUUCCUUGGUGUACUUCGUUAUACACAUUGCAGUUAAAAUAUUUUACUUGUGUAUGAAUUACAAAAUGCUAUUUUACGAGUUGAUUUUUCAAUGAAAGUUUAUGUACAAAUUUUAUUCAUGUAACUUUCUGUUGACAAAUAAUUAAAAGAGAUAAGAAAUGUGCAAGUUUACUUUGUAGCAAAUUCAUGACUACAGAAAUGGCAUGAAUGAAGUUUUUUCUCAGUAUGAACUGGACAAUGAACAUUCAGAGCAUGUAUUUUUGUAUAACUGUUUAUCUCAUCCAUAUUUCACAUCAUUUAUCUUAAUAGAAAUAUAAAAGAAGAAUCGUAAUGCAAAAAUAUGACAUAUAAAUACCUGACAAUAGAUUUUACUUUGUUAGAAAAUAGCUAUCCUCAUAAGAUCCAUAUCUCUAUAUUUAUUCAGCAUUUUCAUAUUUAAAAGAUUCUAAUAUUCAUUCUUUCAAUUUCAAAGACUUUCUUCUAACAAGUUUUUAAGAGAAUCUGUUAAAAAAAUUGUGGUAAUAAAAGAUAUAUCUGUAGUAGUUAAGUCAUCAACUUCAUAAAAGCUGUAUUCUUUAUCAUAUUUUAAAUACUCUUACUAUUCAUGCUAAUAUACAGAAUAAUAUGGUCUUGUAUAUGUUAGAAUAAUUAUUUGUUCUAUGAUAUUUGUGUUAUGAAAAUUUUUAAAUUUCAAUUACUAUAAGAUCUUAUACAUUUUUAAAAUUUGAAAAAAGAAUUGCUCACAUUUAAUUUAUUUUUAUUUUCAAAAUAAUGUGUUUCAUAAUUUUUUAAUGCCAAAAUGGUGAUUUUUUUACACCUUUUUGUCUCUUUGUUGUACUUACUAUAUAAGCUAACUAAAUUAAAACAAUGUUGAAAAAUUAUGCAUCAUGGAGAUUUUUAAAUUGGUACAAUAUUCUGAAUUUUUAAUUAUUGAUUUAAAUAUGUGCAUGUUUUAUAGUUUAAAGAAUGAGUAUUAAGUGUAUUAAAAU